GUAGCUUUCCGCCGUUUGUUCUCUGCUCGACUGGUUCAGUCUUCUCAUUUUCUCUCUUCUUCAACCUUCACUCUAGGGCAAAAUCCAUCCAUGGCUUGAUCAUUAAAAUCCAUUUUACGAAAUCAAUCCACUCACCAAAACAAUGGAUAUCAGGUUUUUCCCAGGAACUCACCGUUAAUCUGUGCAAUCUCAUUUCCUUACUCGGUUUUGCUCUUUCUCUAAAGGUAACAAAUAUGGAUGGACUUGCUGUGCAAUCGAAUCCUAAAAGUCAGAAGCUUUCUGAAGGACAUGAUGUGGGACAGAAAAUUGACAGGAUCAGUGAUUUACCUGAUAACAUUCUUCUUCACAUUCUUUCUUUUACGUCCACCAAGGAGGCCAUAAGAACUUCCUUAUUGUCAAAAAGAUGGAAAGACUUGUGGAUUUUCCUGCCUGACGUUGAUCUUCAAAGGAGUUGCUUGGAGCUAGAGUCUAGCUUCACUGUAUUGGUGUCUAAGGCACUUUUCCAUCGUGACACUUCGCAUCUAAGGAAAUUCUGCUUGGAGCUAAAUUUCGAUGUCAGUUUGGACCUGUUCAAAGAUUGGAUAUCUGCAGCAAUAGAGCAUAAUGUUCAAGUGCUUGAUCUUAACCUCUGUGGAGGACAGAGCUUUGUGUUACCUCCUAGUUUUUUUACUUCCAAAUCAUUAUGCAAUCUGAAGUUAUCUAUGCUUCAUACUCUAGAGAUUCCUUCUCAGAUCUGUUUCAUAAGCCUCAAGUGUUUGACUCUUUCAAGGGUUACAUUUCGGGACGAUGAGUCAACCCAGCUUUUAUUUUCUGGCUUUCCAAUCCUUGAAGAGUUAGUUUUACAUGAUUGUGAUUGGCAAAAGAUAAAUUGUGUCACCAUUUCAAUUCCUACACUGAGGAAAUUUGCUUUUCUGCUUGAAACAUUGAAGCAUGGGUUACUAGAAUGUAAAAUCAAGCUUUAUGCAGUGAAUCUUAAAUCCUUCAAGUACGCAGGUUUUCUGACAGUGAAAGUUCUCCUCUGCAACGUACCAUUGUUGGUGAAUUCGUAUGUUUGUUUCUAUAAGACAGUUGACGCUGAUUACCUUGAAACUAUUCGCCGUGCUGCUCAACUACUUGGCAGGAUUUACCGUGUUAAAUUUCUUACAAUAACCAGUGAGACCCUAAGGUUUCUCUUCCCCAAGAAUCUCGCAGUUCAUCUGCCUAAAUUUUAUAAUUUAAUUCAUUUGGAGGUCGGCUUAAAUCAUCGUGGGGUACUUGUUUCGGCUGGUAGAGAGUUGAUGUGCUUUCUUAAUAAAUCACCAAAUCUACAAUCUCUUGACAUUCCAGUGGGAAUCAACACAUCCAUAUUUGAUACGCUACCUGAUUGUUUAAAGUCCCGCCUCAAGAGAUUUAGCUUGUCAAAGUUUGCUGCAGUUGAAUACGAAAUAAAUUUUGUAAAAUUUUUGGUUACUAACGCAACAGCUUUGGAGAAGGUAACCAUCCUAGCAGUUUGGGCUGACACCGCGUUUCAUUUUGGGAAGCAAGAGGGGAUCGAGCAACAGCUGGAGAAACUUUGCUUGUCAUCACAUGUUCUGAAACUCUCAAAAACGCUUGAUCUAUUGCUGCAUGCGGCACAAUGUCAAUUACAGCACUGCCAAUAUCAAUAUUGCGACAAGGCUAGGGGACUGUUCCAACAUGGCAGGCAAUGUAAAGUGUAUUCUAGCGGAGGUUGUAAUCUCUGUAAGAAGUUGUGGUAUGUUCUGCAACUUCAUGCUCGUGCAUGCAAGGAAUCCGAAUGCCAACUGCCGCGUUGCAGAUCCCUUAAGGAGUAUUUCACGAAGCAGGGUGGAAAUUACAAUCGCAUUCCAUUUGAAAUGAUAGGCGUGACGUGAUGCCGAUCGUAAGACAGAAAGCUGCUGGGGAUUGUGGAUGACUAUGUUAUAGAUACAAUUUGGAUAUGUUGGAGAAAAGGAGGUAAAGAGUCUGGUUUUGUGAAUGCUGCUCAAUUUUGAUGGUAAGGAUACCAUAGUUCGGUAGUAUAGAGCAGAUAUUGAUAAGUUGAUAACUUGGUUUAAGGGGAGAAAACCUAUUGUUUGAUUUGUAAGUAUUUGCAGCUAGCUUUCCGAUAUAGCAAGUGAUAACUUUAGAAGCGGAUCUCCUUGAUAUGCGGGAGAAUGUGAAUAUGAUAGUUAUCUAUUUACAAACUAUUUACAAACUCUCUUGUAUAUAUUUGCUUUACAGUAUAGAGAAUAAAUGAAUCCUUUGCUAUA